CUUCAUUUCAUUUCAUUCCAUAUAUCUGGCAAUGGUAAAAACUCCGAAAAGCAAUACUGCUCAAACUUCAAGCGCGAAAAGACCAACUCGAACCUCUGCUCCUGUUUCAUUUGCCAACGAGAGCAAUUCAGAGGACACUCGAUGGGAAGGCCCUGAUACCGUUACGCGGGAAAGAGAAGAUGUAGAAUAUGAGAGCGACGACGGUCUAGAACUCGGGAAAUUCAUGCAGGAACUACAAAAGCGUCAAGCAAAGAAAACGACCCUACUGUCGACUGCAUUCGAUAAUCAAAAGAAAGCCACUUAUGAUUCCGCUCGCAAGCAAGCUAAGGAAACGAGUCAAGAAGGACUUGGCUAUCUAGAAGAUCUGAGAGUCAUGCUUCUAGAACUAAAGAAGGACGAGAUUCCGUUCAAAAAGUAUUCGCACGAAGUCGAUCCGCUGUGGAAAAAUCGAGAGACCUCACUUGCAUCCUUAUACGACCUCUAUCCUUCAGUCGUGGACGAUUUAUUCGUACGCCGUGCCCAAGUGAUCGACGAUGCUAGUGGAAUGAUCAGGAUAAACCCAUCCAAGCGGGAAAAGGCCCUGCGCUCGUUUCUGGAGAAUGCUCGCCGUGAAGUGGAUCGGAGUCGACAAAAGGAAAUCGAGGCAACGGACGCAUCGAAACUUAUCAAGCACUACAAAGCCCUUCUCUUUGGUUGACUCAUGAACUUGACAUACUAUCUCCUGCUAUAUCGCAUUCCGAAUCGUUGCUGCUUCCUUGUAUACUUGUAUGUAUGAUAUCAAUUACUAGCACUGCUCGUGCCGCAAUCCCUGAAUAGCUCAGGUAUUAUUAUAUACAGCUCUCCC